AUGCAAUAUCUUUUGAAUGCUUCGUCGGGUACAGUAGUUGCUGGUGGAAAUGGUCUAGGACCUGGUAUUACACAAUUGGCGUAUCCAUAUGGUUUUGCUUUUGAUUCCUCCUCAAAUAGUCUUUUAAUUGCUAAUGCUCAAACCAACAAUAUUGUUCGUUGGGUGUUAGGUGCAAGUAGCUGGACACUCGUUAUUGGUAGUCCUACUGGAUCAAGUGGUAACACAUCAACACUUCUCAAUCAACCGAUCGGCAUCACAUUAGAUCCAAUGGGCAAUAUCUAUGUAGCUGAUUCAGCAAAUCAUCGCAUUCAAUUCUUCUUUGCAGGCCAGUCCAAUGGCACAACAAUUGCUGGCGUUACAGGUUCACCUGGCAUUAGCCAGCAUAAAUUAAAUGCUCCCUGUUGGGUCAUAGUUGAUACUCAACUGAAUUUAUAUGUAUCCGAUACUGCUAACAAUCAGGUUCAAUUUUUUUCACAUUCAUAA